AAAAACAUGUUUCAACGUCACGCAUAGAUCCCUGCAUCUUCAUGCCUCGGAGGCUUGGAAGAAAGAAGGGGAAGGGAGAAGGAAGAGGCACACGCCCCAGAUCGCCUCCACAGAAGAAAAUCCGGUACGCGAGGCCGCAGCCGUACGCACCCACAACCCGUCCGGCCGCGCCCUUCCCCGGCCGCUUCUGGCUCCUCUUCCAUUCUUCCCUUCCAUCUCCAUGGCCGUGGGGAGCGGGCCGUGCUUGCUCGCCGUGGCGCUUCUCGCCGCCGCUUGGAUCUCCGACGCUUCGUCAUCGGAUAAGCAGGCAGACAGCAGCCAGCAAUAUGUCAACUGCAUGCCUUGCUCUAGGACGUACAUUGCUGACGCAUAUGUCGAUGCCUUGACGAGCCAGCUCUCUGAGCAUCGUGAAUUGACCGAAGUACGUGAUACCGCCGACUUGUGUAAAGGACUUGCUGAUGAACUUGAUGUGCCUACGCUUUCAGAAGUGAAUCGUCAGCUGGUUGGCGAAGGUUCCCACCGCCGCUUGAUCUAUUCUAUCAAAUUUGGUAACUCCAAAGAUGCCAUGGUACAAUUCCUUGAUGGUUACGAUGCCAAUCUGGUGAUACUUGAAAAGCUCCCGAGUGGUGUAUUUGCUGACCCAUUUGAGCUGCAGCACUUUGUUGAGCGGAAAGUUUUUCUCGAUGUUGCUGUUUUUGGAGACACGAACCUUGAACUGCCCUCCGCUCUGUCCAACCGGUCAGCUGUUGAGAUUCAUUUUGAUCUCAAGCCAAGCACAUCGAUGGACUAUAACCUUGUAAUAGAGCUUCCUCUCCAUGCUAGAUAUCCACCUCUUGAUGCCAGCGGUUACGCAACGGUUGAGUUCGGCAGCCCAGACCUGCUCCUCCGUUACAGGAGAAAGGAAACCCGUCCUGAUCCCUGUGUGUGGGCCCUCCAGAAUCUCCACGCCACGCCUGUGGAGAAAGCCGCAUGGCGCAUACCCUGUGGCGACGAAGCGCACACGGGAUUUGUAUCUAGCCUCACUUUCAUUUCAGCUCUGGUUUGCUCCAUGUCCAUAGUCUUAGCAGCUUCCCUAACUCCUUGAUACAAGUACCGGAAACGCAGGACACGGUGCAAUUGAUAUAGUCAGCAGAAAUGCCUUUUUUGUCGCAAGACUUAUGCACAUCAUUUCGUGCGUACUUUUACGCGUCAUUUGCAAAAAAAAAAGGAUGAAAAAUUCAAUUU